AUGGCUCCCCUCACCGAGCAGCAAUCUAGCAUUGUCGCGUUGUACCUAGAGAGUACGGCCUGGGGUAUCUUCCUGGUCACACUCGGACUAUGCCUUCGCUCUCUUCUGUUCAACAAGUCUGGCCUCAAACCGUUUUCUGAGGUCAAUCGACCAAUGCUGGCAGUGUGUUUGACCAUGCCGAUAUUCGCAACGGUAAAUAUGGCCAUCAAUACGAAAAGAGCACUGGAUUCUGUUGGCCCUGAAGGUAUCAGCGAGCAAUUCACGAACCUCGGGAGUCCUAUCGAGAUCGUUAAGUUCUCGUGUGUCAAUUUACAGACACUUCUCGCGGAUGGUAUUCUGACUUACCGUUGUUGGAUCGUGUACGGCAAGUCGUGGAUGAUAGUAGCCACGCCUUUGCUUCUAUGGAUAGGCGUUUUGGGCACGACCAUCACGAACAUAUAUUUGCUCAGCACCAUACAUUCCGAAGCUCUGACAGUAGCGACGAAACUUCGUCCUAUCGUUACUUCAUUUUGGGUCAUAAGCAUCGCGCUGAACAUCAUUACGACGUUUCUCAUUGUAAUGCGCAUUUUUGCUGUUGAUCGGAAAUUGGUCUUCCAGCCCAUUUCUGGGUUGUCGAUUUCUCGCUCGGAGCGUCGUUUCAGUGCACUGCAGCGGACAAUGAGGAUCAUCAUUGAAUCCGGUGCAAUCUAUACCGGCAUAGCGAUCAUUACUUUUGCCACAUACGUCUCAGGAAACGUGGGGGUGUAUAUCACAAGCGCACUAGAGGUCCAAACGGCUGGAAUCGCGUUUAAUCUGGUCAUUAUCCGAGUGCAUAGCAGAACUUAUGAAGAAGAGACGAAACCCAUGACCGCCUCAUUGCGAUUCACGUUACGCUCUCGUCCUUGGGACGCUGAGACCAGUUUGACGAAACCUCAAGACAGCAGGGGCACCGUCGAUGACAAGGGUUCGAAUUAGAUUCGAGAGUUACCCCACUUAGGUGAUUAAUUAGAGUGUUCGUUCAACUUGUAUAUUUAUGGAAAGAAAAGUAUUAAUGUUAUUUUCGGAGCACUUACACUAGGCGGUGCCAUGACAAUUGAUAUGUGUCCGAGCUUCGCAUUGUUCAUACGAGCGUUUCAUGGUCACUGGUGAGAAUUCGUUUGAUUUGGUCUUUUGGAAUCCUUGGCUCGAAAUCAAGGGCGAAGGGUAGGGGAUGCAAGUUAGCCGUUUGGGUAAAUGCAUGGGUAUCGAUCGGAGAUCCAUCCACUUCCUUCAAGCGGAAGGCCCAUAAUACGAAAGCGGUCGUUAUAAACAACGAUCUGGACGUGUGCUCUGUCAAAAGCCUUCGUGGAAAGAGAUAGAUACAGACCUAUUGGCUAGCUGUUGUCCGGGACAGACUCUACGUCCGACGGUAAGCUUCGGUUGGAGGCGCGCUAAGCCGACUCACCGCCUCCCAAAGCCGAAAUUCAUUGACU